CUCCCUCCCAAAAAACCUUCUCCAGUUGAGUAACUACACCUUUCCCACAUCGGAGGAGAGGAAGUUGUAUGCCUCCCUGCUUCCUGUGUUGCCAGCGCUUCAGUGUGUUAAAGAUGUAAAGAUGGCGGAGCUACAGAUGCUUUUGGAAGAAGAAAUUCCGGCAGGACGGAGAGCUUUGCUCGAUAGUUACACCAACCUCGAAAGAGUCGCAGAUUACUGCGAAAACAACUACAUACAGGCCGUAGAUAAACACCGAGCCCUCGAAGAAACCAAAGCGUACACAACGCAGUCGCUGGCGAGCGUUGCCUACCUGAUCAACACCUUAGCCAACAAUGUCCUACAGAUGCUGGACAUCCAGGCGUCCCAGCUGCGCCGCAUGGAAUCGUCCAUCAACCACAUCUCCCAGACGGUGGACAUCCACAAGGAGAAGGUGGCCAGGAGAGAGAUCGGCAUCCUGACCACCAACAAGAACACCUCCAGGACGCACAAGAUCAUCGCCCCCGCCAACCCCGAACGGCCCGUGCGCUACAUCCGCAAGCCCAUCGACUACGCCAUGCUGGACGACAUCGGCCAUGGAGUGAAGUGGUUGCUUAGAUUUAAGGUCAGCACCCAGAACAUGAAGAUGGGGGGUCUGCCUCGCACCACGCCGCCCACCCAAAAACCGCCAAGCCCCCCGGUGUCAGGAAAGGGAACCAUUGGGCGGCACUCUCCUUAUCGCACCUUAGAGCCGGUGCGCCCUCCUGUGGUCCCCAACGACUACGUGCCCAGUCCGACCCGCAGCGUGGCCCCCGCGCCACAACAGAGCCCAGUCCGCACCGCUUCUGUUAACCAGAGGACCCGCACCUACAGCAGCAGUGGCAGCAGUGGUGGUAGUCACCCCAGCAGCAGGAGCAGCAGUCGGGAGAACAGUGGCAGUGGCAGUGUGGGGGUGCCCAUCGCCGUGCCCACCCCGUCCCCACCCAGCGCCUACCCAGGUCACGCUUCUCAGUUCUACAGCAUGAACAGGCCUGUGUCCCGGCACAACCCACCCACAAUUGGGGGCUCUCUGCCCUAUCGACGUCCCCCCUCAGUGACUUCCCAGCCAAAUGUGCAGAACCAGGUCAAUGGAGGCCCCUAUUAUAAUCAGAGUCAAGCCUCCCUCGCUCCCCCACCCCCCUCCAUCCUACAGAUAACUCCCCAGUUACCACUGAUGGGCUUCGUGGCUCGAGUGCAGGAGAACAUUACAGACGCGCCGCCGCCCCCUCCUCCCUCAGACGAGCCAGUGUUUGACGAGUCGCCCCCUCCCCCUCCACCCCUGGAGGACUACGAGGAGGAAGAGUCGGCUGUCGUGGAAUACAGUGACCCCUACGCCGAAGAAGAUCCACCUUGGGCUCCAAGAACCUACCUGGAGAAGGUGGUGGCCAUCUACGACUACACGAAGGACAAGGAGGACGAGCUGUCCUUCCAGGAGGGCGCCAUCAUCUACGUGAUCAAGAAAAACGAUGACGGCUGGUACGAAGGCGUCAUGAACGGCACGACUGGCCUGUUCCCUGGGAACUACGUGGAGUCCAUCAUGCACUACGCCGAAUGAUCCCUGUCCCCGGCCUCUGUAGACCAUUGCUUUGGACUGGAGGAAGGGGGGUGGGGGGAGGGGAGGGGGGCGGUCCGCGUGAGUGAGUGGGGAAGGGAAGGGGGGCAGCGGUGGGAUUUUUUGGGAGUGGUCAAAGACAUUGGGCGGAUUCUUAGCGUUGCAGGAAUCUUGAGGCAACGAGGCAUUAUACAGAUAUGAAGGAAGCAAUCCGUCAUCAAACCACUGUCUUUCCUUUAUUAUGCAGAGAAAUAGAGUGAAGUGACACGUGCUGUUUAAGCACAAAUCUCGCAAGCCGACGUGAAGGCCACCGGGGGUAUUGAUCAGUUUUUAUUUUUUGGUCAAAUAAAACCUGAAAGGUUAAAAGUUACGUUUGCACACGUAGGGGUUGACCAGUGGUUCUGACUGCGUUAAAAAUGGGACAGCUAAUAACAGAUGCACACCUGUAUGUUAAGAAAUUGCACGGAAAUUCUUGCACCUAAUGCAAGAAAUUGUAUAGGGCUAAUAAAGUGAUGUUAUGUUAUGUUAUGUUAAAAGGGAAUUGGAUUUGACUAUUCUGAUUUUUAUUCUAAUUCUAGAAUCAGCACUCCUCAUAUUCAUCAACCAUAAUUCAGGGAGGGGAAAGGGAUGUCCAGAAGCACACUUUUUCUCUUUUUCUUCCUUCUCAAGCUUUAUUGGAUUCUGAUGAUGCCACCAUUAAAACGUGGGGUGGUCCAGAUCCAGCAUACCCAGUAAGAGGUUGCUGCGAUCCAGUAUGAUUGGAAAACUUUGUAACCCAUUUUGGGCACUGAUUCCCAACUCUGGCCAUGAAGGAGCACUGUCUCUUCUAAAUUGUGCAGAUGAGUUCUUCAACACAGGCCAAUUGAUAUUAGUUUUCUAUUGAAGCCAUGUUUGUAAGUCUGACAUGGGAUUUGUAAUUGUCAGCAACACUGCUUCACGCUCUGUGUAACACAACUGCCCUCAUUUAAGUGUGCUGCCUGAAAUGGAACCAGUUGGGCGUCUGCAAAAUUGAAAUUGUGUGCAUCUCUGACAGUGUCACUGCUACUACUGUGGGCAUGUGUGAUAGUGUCACUCCCACCUGUCUGUUUGGUAUCCAUUGAUCAGCUUGCAAGAGGUGUUUAAUAAGAAAUAACAGCAAGCAAAUUGCAGAACGUCUGUGCUGAAGCUGUUGCAUCCUGUGUUCUUGAAGGGUGUUCUUGACACUCAGGAAUGAUCAUAUAGAAACAAGAUAAACAUUGAAACGAGCAAAUAGAUCACUUAAGUCAUCAAUUGGCACUCAAGAUGGAAAGAGAUCCAGCAAUCACAGUGUUCCUUCAGGACCAAGGUUGGGGACCACUGGUUUAGAGAAUGUUUUAAGUUGUUUUUUUCCUGGUUAUUUUCAUUUGUAAUGUCCACAUUGAAAGGCAGAGAUUCAGGUGUUAAAGACAAAAUAAAAUACUUCUGCUUCAAGCCCUUUGCUUUGUGAUCAGUCAGUUUGGCCGGUUGGCCAAAUUGAUCGGCCACAUUCCAGCUGUCAUUUAAGGAUUUUUAAUGUGAUGUAUUGACGGUUUGCAACGGCCACAUGAAUUUGUUCUCCCGGUUCUUGAGUAAAGUGGUUGGUCUUGUAAGUGACAGCUCUGGACAUUCACUGAUCUGUUGCAGGGGGUCGAAAAGACGCCAAAAGCUGAACAGGACCUCGUUUCUCAGGCCCCUGUAAGACAAAGCAUGUGUGAGAUUGUACUCCUUUCCUAAACUUUCAGCAAUGUCUCCACCUGCUUAGAUGUAAAGUGCUUUGGAGGCUAAAAUAAACAGACUCUAGAACAGAAGAAAUAUUGUACACUGACAAAAGGAGUUAUAACUGAGUCUUAAAAUGUCAGUGACAUUAAGGUCAAUCUGUAGCUGACACAGCAGUGUUUUUUUUGCAGUAGCCCAACUGAAUUUGUCGCCGCCAUUGAAGCAGGGGAAAGUGUUUUAGCUUUCCUACUGAUUCCCUGUGAUUUUACUCCAGACUCAGUGACACACUGGUCUUUCUAAUGCUCUCUGAAUACUCUGUUGCAGUAAGAGAUCUGUUUCACCAGUCAGGCUCUCCUACUGCUUACUUUACAAAUCUAACAUUGGUCAACCUCUACAGUCAUGCAGUACUAAUUGUGUAGAUAACCUCAUUGAGUUUGAUGCUUUUUGUAUAAUUUUAUAUUUCUUUUUGAAUUGAUCAAAUCUGUUGUGUAGUGGAUCUAACCUAGAAGCCCUAUCAAUUUGGUAAUGUUGUGUAUGUAGUGCUCAAUUAGACUGCAUGCUCUAAUAAAGCAAACUUUAAAUUAUUUACAUUUCACCCCAUUUUUAUGUUGUUUUUCUUUUUAGUUGUUGUCAUACAAGAAGCUGUAGUGGCCAGUGGAAAAAUGCUCCCAGUAUAUCAGUGAAGUCUUUCUGUUCAACUGGAGGAAAGGAUUCUAGUGCCAUAUAUUUUCUUUUUGACUCGGGUUGGACUCAGCUUAAUGCUUUCAAAGGGAGCUCUGGGAUUCUCGCUGGUCUUGUACUCUAACUCGAGCAAAGGAACGUAUUCCUGCACAUUAAUGGGUACUAAAAACCAAUUAAAAAGGGCCGUGGAUCACAGAUGGAUCCCAAGAUGCACAAGUGAUAUGUACAGGAUGAGGAUGGUGUAAAUCAGUCGUGAUUACACCAAAUAUUAACUUUAUUGUUGAAAAUAGCAUAUGUGUCGAAUUGGCCUGUCGCAGGAUUUUGACAUUUCAACUUGUGUGAUGUGCUUUAUCAGUUCCUCCCCCAGUUUCCAACAACUCAGUAGCAUACUAAACGAGAGACCUUAAGGGUGUGCAUACUGUGUUCUGUAUCUGUAUCACAUACCAUUUACCCAUUUUAAAAUGCAGGUCUAAAAAUAAUUCUGUUGGCUGCUUUUGUCUUUCCAUUGCUGGAUUGAAUUAACUCCAUUGAUUUGUGCUCUUCAAUCAGCCAUUCCUGUUAAUUAAUGGUCUCAGUAAAUUAACUGAUCACCAGUUAAUAGAACAAAAUAGAUGCUUGGAUGAAGAUUUCCUAGAUGACAGAAUGGGAAUCUGAUUACCUCUAUUCUCAAGUUUCACUUUUUUGUUGAUCCCUUGAAUGAUCUGAUUUGUUAAGGAGCUCUGCAGUGAUUAAACACAUCACACAAAUAUAUCACGAAUCCUGUAGGAAAAUUCUAAAAUGUUUUUUUUUUUUCUAGCAAGUGCAAGUGUUUGCCUUUUGAAUUUGAAGUGGUUUCCAGGUCUUUCUUUGCAAUAGUAGUAGGACUGGGAGGAAUGUUACGGGAAUCUAAAGACUUUUAUUUUCUAUUUUUCGGUACUGAAAGCACAGAACAUUUUGUAGCACGGAAUGCUUAAAAAAACGGCUAUUUCUGUUUAGCGUAAGAAAAUUGACUUUUGAAAAGACACCAAUGACAUUAAUAAGUGGGUAAAUCUAAAAUUACAAUGGGUUGUAAAUGACUUUAAAGGUAAGAACUAUUUUCGAUAGGAUCUGAGAAAUUGGGAAGUCUGCUUCAGAAGUAUGGUAUUAAAAAUUUGGGCAAUGCUGUAUCCUGGAUGUGGAGGUGCAAUAUUCAUCUAUGUAUCAAAUCUUUUUUUGAGAGUGGGUCUGUACUUGUGACUCUUGCAUGUAGUUAUCUGUGUUAAUGCACCUAAUAAUUUCUUAGCUGCAGCAGAUUAUUAAAACAUCUUUUAUGGAUCAAA